AUGGCGGACAUCAAGAUUGACAGCAAGCUCUUCCAAGAGCGCAUUUCGCAUUUUGCGACCGCCUGGAAGAAUGACCUUCGGACCAAGGAUGGGCUGUUUGGUGGAGCUUCGUCCAUCCUCAUCAUGAUGGGCAAGAUGGAGGAGAUACCCGAGUUUCACAAGAACAACGCUAUGCAUUUUUGGUUGCUUGGCUACGAGUUUCCGACAACAUUGAUGCUUCUCACUGUGGACACGCUGUACAUCCUCACCACGGCUAAGAAAGCCAAGCAUUUGGAUCAGCUCAAAGGCGGUCGGUUCCCUAUUGAGGUGCUGGUUCGGGGCAAGAAUGCGGAGGAGAACGAAAAGCUGUUUGUGACGAUUGCGGAGAAGAUCAAGGCAGCAGGGAACAAGGUCGGAACCAUCGCCAAAGACACGUCUAAGGGCCCGUUUGUCGACGAAUGGAAGAAAGUCUUCGCGGAGCAGUGCAAGGAAGCCGAGGAGGUCGAUAUUUCAGCUGCGCUGUCUACCCACGCCUUCUCCGUCAAAGAUGAGAACGAGCUCCGCGCCAUGCGAACCGCCUCCAAGGCUUGCGUGGCCUUGAUGACUCCUUAUUUCCUCGACGAGAUGUCCAAUAUUCUCGAUAGUGAGAAGAAAGUCACCCACGCUUCGCUCGCAGAAAAGGUCGAUAGAAAGCUGGAUGAUGAGAAGUUCUGGAAGACGGUCGAGCUGCCUAACAAGGGCAAGCUGCCUUCUGAUUUUGACUCGAGCCAGCUGGACUGGAUCUUGGGGCCGGCUAUUCAGAGCGGCGGCAAGUACGACCUCCGCUUUGCCGCCGAAGCUAACAACGAUAACCUGCACGCUGGCAUCAUCAUUGCCGGUUUGGGCCUUCGAUACAAGUCGUACUGCUCUACGAUUGCGCGUACAUACCUCGUCGAUCCCAACAAAGCUCAGGAGAGCAAUUACAAACUACUUCACAUGAUUCAUAAUAGCAUUAUCAAGGAUAUCAAAGAUGGAAUGUCGGCUAAAGAAGUCUACAACAAGGCUGUAAGCUUGCUCAAGAUCAAGAAGCCUGAGAUGGAGAAGCAUUUCCUCAAGAAUGUUGGUUGGGGCGUUGGAUUAGAAAAUAAAGACCCAACACUUGUGCUCAACGCAAAGAACAACAGAAUACUCAAGGACGGAAUGACUCUCAUCAUUCACACCGGAUUCCAGGACAUUGACAAUCCGCAGCCUCAGGACAAAAAUAGCAAGGUUUACUCAUUAGUCCUUACUGACACUAUUCGAGUCACUACUGGAGAGCCUGUAGUGUUCACCGCCGAAUCACCCACGAGCGCCGAUGCAAACUCAUUCUUCUUCAAAGAUGACGAGGAGGCCGAUCCAACACCCAAAAAGGAGAAAAGGGACUCCAAGGUCGGGGCUGUCGCCACCAAAAAUAUCACAAGCACCCGACUCCGGUCCGAAAGGACUACACAGGUGGACGAGGACGCUGAGAACAAGAGAAAGGAGCAUCAAAAGGAGCUUGCUACAAAGAAACAGAAGGAGGGUCUUGCCAGGUUCGCAGAAGCCACUGGUGACAAGAACGGGGCCGAAGUCAAAAAGUUCAAGCGUUUCGAGUCGUACAAGCGGGACAACCAAUUUCCUCUCAAAGUGAAGAACCUCGAAGUAGUUGUCGACAUAAGGAACAGCACUGUCAUCCUUCCCAUCAUGGGCCGACCCGUGCCAUUUCAUAUCAACACCAUCAAGAACGCUAGCAAGAGUGACGAAAACGAUUUCUCCUUCCUGCGCAUCAACUUCCUGUCCCCCGGACAAGGCGUAGGCAGAAAGGAUGACCAACCAUUUGAAGAUGCGUCUGCACACUUUGUGCGCAGUCUGACUUUCAGAUCGUCUGACGGAGAGAGAUACAGCGAGAUAGCAACUCAAAUCUCGAACAUGAAGCGAGAUACGGUCAAGAAGGAGCAGGAGAAGAAGGACAUGGAAGACGUUGUGGAGCAAGAUAAGCUGGUUGAAAUACGAAACCGAAGACCUGCCGUGUUGGACAAUGUGUACAUUCGUCCAGCCAUGGAGGGCAAACGAGUACCCGGAAAGGUGGAAAUUCACCAGAACGGUAUUCGAUACCAGUCGCCACUCAACGCUCAGCAUCGUGUCGAUGUUCUCUUCUCCAACGUCCGCCAUUUAUUCUUUCAACCUUGCGCACAUGAGUUGAUUGUCAUUAUCCACAUUCACUUGAAGGAUCCAAUUAUUGUAGGCAACAAGAAGAAGACCAAGGAUGUUCAGUUCUACCGCGAAGCCACUGAUAUCCAGUUUGACGAAACUGGUAACAGAAAGCGAAAGUAUCGUUAUGGAGACGAAGAUGAAUUCGAGGCCGAACAAGAGGAAAGACGCCGCCGGGCCGAGUUGGACAGACUCUUCCAAGGCUUCGCCCAAAAGAUUGCGGAAGCCGGUCGCAACGAAGGCAUCGAGGUCGACAUGCCCAUUCGAGACCUUGGUUUCAACGGUGUACCAUUCCGAAGCAAUGUCUUCAUCCAACCUACCACAGAUUGUCUCAUGCAAGUUGUCGAGCCUCCCUUCAUGGUUAUCACCAUUGAGGACAUUGAAAUUGCUCAUCUUGAACGUGUGCAGUUUGGUCUCAAGAACUUCGACAUGGUAUUUAUAUUCAAGGACUUCACUCGCGCGCCAUACCACAUCAAUACCAUCCCCGUCGAGUUCCUCGAUCAAGUUAAGGACUUCCUUGACUCGUCAGAUAUCGCGUACAGCGAAGGUCCACUGAACCUUAACUGGCCGACAAUCAUGAAGACUGUCACGGCCGACACGCAUCAGUUCUUUGUUGAUGGUGGUUGGGGAUUUCUGCAAGAAAAUUCAGAUGAUGAGGAUGGCGAAGCCGAGUCGGAAGAGGAGUCGGCAUUUGAAAUGGACGAUGAUGACAUGGAUGAGGUGUCGGAGUCAAGUGAGGAUGGCUCCGACUUUGGCAGCAAUGCCAGUGACGACGACGACGAUGAUGCUGAGUUGGAUAGCGAGGACGAGGGCGAGGACUGGGAUGAGCUAGAGAAGAAGGCUAAAAAGAGAGACAGGGAGAGUGCUUUGGAGGAUGAGGAUAGGGGUGGCAAGAAGCAGAAGAGGAAGCGCUAA